UGUUGUCCAAAGAGAAGUUAUGCCUUGACAAGACCAGUGGAAGUGCCUCUUGCACUAAAUUAGUGCACUAAAUUAGGAGGGAAAUGGCUCAGAUGUAAAUUAAGAGGAUGCUUCGCAUGGCAAAAGCAGUGUACACACAUGGCACUGGCACAGGACGGGGACAGGUCUGGUUCGAGGGCAGUGGAGAACCUUUGCAGCCAGCAGCUGCCGUUGCAGGUGGGAGCAGGCUGGCUCUGGAGCCGACCUGCGCCAGAGGGAUUUCCUGAUGCGCGAUUACAGCCACAGGAAUAUUGCGGCUGUCGGAUGACUGGGGCUCCAUCGCACUGUGCUCGGAUGGGCGACAGAGAGUGCCUUGUGAGGAGGAGAGACCCACUCAGGUCGUGGCGCUGGGGCUGGUCAGGGCACUGCUCCUGCUCUGGAAAACACGGGUGCGGAACUGCCAGUGGGCCUGUAGAUUUCAAAGAGCGAUGCCCAGGUCAGCUGUAUCCUGCUGAGAGAUUUCCAGGUGGUGAUCCAGUAUAGGAUGUUCUACAGAAAGGAAAUCUGCUUGGCUUUGGCGCAGGAUCAGAGAUUGCCAAAGAGCUCCGCAACAUACCAGCUGUAUCACAAGGUGAGGUUUCAAGGUG